CGUGAAUCCAGUAAACAUGGCGGAAAUUUGGAAAAUAAAAAUUUGAAUCUUAUUCAAAAGAAGUCAAAUAUAUGGCGAAAUGGACUCCCUUGUAGGAGAUGAUCCAACACUACCCAUUGAGUUCGAGGGGAGUAUGAACCCUGAACAACUGGGAGAAGUGACUUUAGGCCCCCAGUUAGAAUCACUUGGCCACAGAAUGGAGCAUCCAGACGGAUCAGUACCAAUGGUGGCGAAGACUAGCAGUGGGAGGAUGUCACCUAUACGAGCCCGCACCAUGAAAGAAUAUGAUCAGCAAAUUGCGGAAUUGAAGAAGGAAAACUUCAGUCUGAAAUUGAGGAUUUACUAUCUGGAGGAGAAAAUGCAGCAACGCUUCCAUGAUGGAGAUGAUGUUGUCAAAACUAACAUUGAGCUAAAUGUGGAAUGCCAGAGUUUGAAGAAAGAGUUACAAGAUAAGCAGGAGCUGCUGAAGAAAGCCUCCCAUGCUCUCGAAACCAUAAGUGACCAGCAUCAAAUAGAAAUGGACCAGGCAAUCCAACAGGUGGCGCAAAAUGCAAGUUUUAGCGCAGACCGUGACGUCCGUGAGCUGGAAGAGAAGUUACGCUUAAUGGAAGAGGAAAUUGCUGAGAGUCAACAGGAAUUGGAGGGUGCCAGAGAAAAAGUAUUAUCUCUUGAACAUAACAACGAACAGUUGAAACAACAGCUUAAUGAAGCCAUAGCAACCAUGGACAAUCAAAAAACAUCAGACAAUGAUCACUUAGGAACGAACAACAAUCACUUAGCAACUGAGCAGCAAACAGAUAACACGUUAGCUCAGGCUGAGCAUGACCUAAUGGAAAAAAUAAGAAUUAUUGAAGAUCUCAACCAUGUGAUAACCUCAAAGGACGCUAAAAUCGAACAGUUGCUUGAGCAGGCUGGAUCUGACUCUGAGCUUGAGACUGCUCGAGAACAAUUGAUGGAACACAUUGAAGAGCAGAAAGCCAUGGAGAAUCAGGUGCAGCAGUAUGAAACAGCAUGUCAGGAUCUGCAGACCCAGUUACAAGAGUCCUCUGCUCACAUACAGGAACUAGAGUCCCAGCUAGGACUUCUGCAGCUUACUCUUGGGGAAAAAGAUGUUGAGUUAAAGAAAUGGAAAAAAUCAGAUGUGCAAUAUAGAAGCGCUCCAGCUCAGACUGAUGAUACAAUGAAAAAGCUAGAUGAAAGAAAAGAAAAGGAUAAGAAGAGGAAAGAGCGUGUUAAAGAACUUGAGAGAGAAAACAAAGAGAAGAAAGAGGAGGUGCUGAAGUGUUAUAAAGCCAUACAGGGAAUGGUGGCAGCCAUGCAGGAUAAAGCUAAGCAGGACCCUGAGGGUAUAAAAGAUGAGUCUGGUAUAAUACAAGAGGCCCUGUCAGCAACUAAUAGUGGUGAUCCCACUAGCCUCCAGUCUCUUGGUCCAGUAGGCAGUCAACAGCUGCAUGAUCUAAAAUCAGAAAACCAACAACUGCAAGCAGACAACAAACAGCUGCGUGAAACAUAUCUACAGCUGCAAGAUCCAGACAUAGAAAAUAAACAGGUACAAGAAACCAUCCUACAGCUGGAGGAAUUACAGGAAAUUAAUCAACAUCUAAUAUCAGAGAACCAACAGCUGAAUUCAGACUUCAAACAGCUGCAUGAUCAAAAUAAACAGUCACAGACUGAUAAGCAGCAGCUUUUUGAUCUGCAAACAGAAAAUAAACAGCUGUUAAGUGAUCUUAUGAAUACUAAACAACAGCUAGGAGAUGUACAGAGACAGAUUGAUGCCAAAGGACACCAUGAUAUGAAACAUGUGACCCCCACACAAGAUGGCCACCAUCUAAAUGAUGAUACAAAUAAGGAAGCUAGUGAAAUAGACAUAAAUGACAUGGAUGCCGAACAAUUAAAAAAUCUUGCCAAUAGAUUGAGAAAAGAUUUGAACUCAUAUAAGACUCAAAAUGGUAAUCUUAGAUCACAGCUGGACGCUGUUAGAAAUCCCCAAGCAGAUCAAAUAAAUGACUUUAGAAAUCCCCAAGCAGACCUUAUUAAUGACUUUAGAAAUCCCCAAACAGAUCAAAUAAAUGACGUUAGAAAUCCCCAAACAGAUCAAUUAAAUAACUUUAGAAAUCCCCAAGCAGAUCAGAUAAAUGAUUUGAAUUCGAAAUUGCAAGAGAGUGAAUUGAGAAAUACUGAUCUCCAAAAACAAUUAGAUUCAAUUCUCACAAUACCUGGUGCUACUGAAAAACUUGUUGAUGGCAGCUUGAUAGGUUUGAAAAGACAGCUCAACCAAACUAAAGCUGAGCUUGAUAAGGCGAAUAAUGAGAUAAUGAAAUUAAGGGGCUCAGUUAAUGAUCCUAGAAAGAUGAGUGAUCCCGAGUCCAAGAAGUAUGACAGUGAGUCUAAUCGUGAUAACAUUGACACAUAUGAUGCAAUUGUUCCAACAGGAGGUGAGUCUCCCAGCAAGCCUCCUGAUCUAAAUGUCCUACGUGAACAACUGAGAAAGGCACAUGAGGAGAAUAAGCUACUGCGGAGUAGAGGCCUUGCGUCAGAUACAGAUGAUCCUGAAUCUUACAGUGAACUUUUGGGAGCACAUAAACUGAAAGAUGCUAGAAAUCGCCUUGGGAGUGAUGCAGGGAGUGAAGUGCUUAUUGAUCUACAGGACACAGGGAUACCACCUAAUGCCACAUAUCGUCCAUCAGGUCCUGGUGAACAUGAGCCACUGAUCACAAUAUUAGAUGAACCAGGUGUGUCUGAUCUCAAAUCCAAAUUAGACGCAACAAACAGAGCCCUACAGUCUGCAUCAAAAGAAAAUAGAAAUCUUAAACGUAUCUUAAGCUUGGAUUCUGAUACCCCUAUUGACGAGGACACAUUGGAAAUGAUAGCUAGAAGCAAUGGAGAUACCCUCCACGGGGAACUCCUUAAGGUCAACUCUGAUCUCCAGCAAGCACUAAUUGAGAAUGUUUCCCUUAAGGAGGCCUUACAGAAAGCUGGAGUUAGCCAUGAUCAACUUGGAUCUAAACAUGUGGAUGGACCUCCAAAUGUUGCACAGAUUCAAACAGAAAACCAAGCAUUAAGAGAAAUUAUAGGUCUUGACCCAACAUCGCCCAUAGAUGCCCAUACUGUAGAGGAAUUUUCUCAGAAGGAUAAUGAGUUGAAAGGAAAGUUGAUUCAAGCAAAUGCUGAAUUAGCAGAAGCUCAGAAAACUAAUGAAAACCUUCUGCAGAAAAUAGAACAACUUAAAAAAGACCACAUAAGGCCUUUUGAUGAAAGUCUCACAAAUGAUCCUAAUGCAUUGAAUGAUGAGUUCCAGAGGCUAAUUGAAGAAAAUGCUGCCCUUAAGGAGUUGGUUGGGAUGAAUCCAGAAGAUAUAGUGGACCAUUGUGCUAUAAAUAAACUCAAGUCUGGGGAAGACCCUAGUGGGAAGUCAAAGAGCACAAAAGCAAGAACUGAUAGGCUUACUCAGACCAGGAAAGAUGGGCCAUUUCAGGAUGAUACUGAUGACAAUAAUGAGAAUAUCCAUCGACUUCAGAGAGAGAAUGCUCUUUUUAGGAAAGCACUAGGAAUCAACAAGGAUAAACCUCUCUCUGAGGAAGACCUAACAGAUGUAGUUACAAUUCCCAAGGAAAAGUUUACAGGAUUACAAGAUGAACUGAAUGAGGCUAAUGUUGAGAACUCAAUGAUGAAGUCGGCUCUUAAGCUCCCUCAUAAUCAAGCGGUAAAUGAAGAAAACCUUAAAGCCAUUGAAAGUGAUAAGAAUAGAGAUGGAGCAACAGUUGGACAAGAUCACAGGGAGAAGGAUAAAGAGAAUAUGAUGUUGAGAUCAGUUCUUGGUGUUGAACAAAAUGCAACAAUUACCCCUGAAGAUCUUGAGGCAUUGAAGACGAACAAUACAGUUAUCCUAAAACAUAAACUUAUAAAAGCAAACGACAACUUGAAACAAUUGGAAGAAGAACAUAAAGCAUUGGUAUCUCAAGGAAAGCCUACAACACAAGAGAGACCAAUGUCACCACAUAAUGACAAGCUAACACAUGUUAAACCUUCACAAGACAUGAGAGACCAAUAUACUGAGAGUGAUGCAGCUCACACACAACAAGCUAUAGAUGCUGUACAGCAAGAGAAUACAUUACUGAGACAUACACUGGGUAUUGACCCUAACAGCCCAGUUGAUUCUGAUUCUCUUAGUGAAGUAGCAUCCAAUAACAAUGUCAUAUUGAAACAUAAACUACUGAAAGCACAGUCUGAUGUAAAAGAUCUUGAGAAGGAAAAUCGGUUGUUCAAGACCAAAUUGAAUAUUGACCUCCAAGGUCCAGCAACUGAUGAAGUGAUACAAAGUGCCAUUGAAACCUUGCUAGGUGACACAGACAGUGAAAUCACAGCCCUUAAAGAUAAAGUAAAUACACUAGAAAAUGUGAUAACUCAACUACGGCAACAGAAUGAAAGCCUAGAUGAAGUGAACUGUGAACUAUGUGACAAACUGCAAUCAGCAAAUGCUGAAAUUAAAAAAUUGAAAGAUGAUCUUGGUACAUUAAAAAGUGAUAACAUCAAACUUCAGGAGCUUUUGAAGACACUUCAAGGUGAGGCUGGUGAUAAUGCCAGAAUUAAGGACAGUGCUCUCAGUAAGAUUCCUGGUGUAGGUGAUGAUGCUCCUCCCAUACGUGAUGGUGCAUAUGGUACUGAAAAACCCAGUGACACUGUCUCAGUGGGUGAUUCUAAAGGAUCAAAUAGACAAAAGGAUAGAAUAAAUGAAGAGAAUGGAAUACUUCGUAAUUUACUGGGUAUUACUACAGAUCAACCAAUUGAACAAAUUCAAGCCAAAUCUUUACCCGCCAAUCAAAAUAUCCAAGAACUCCAAGAAAAUAUUAAAGAUCUUCAAGAACAAAUGAGAGAACUCCAGCAUCAGAUAAAACAAGGUGAGACCCAACUGGACCAUGUUAACAAUCUGAAUGACUUAUUGAAGCGUCAAAUUGAGAUGAAUACACAGAGCGAGUUCAAUCCUGAGUUGAUUGUUGAAAUGGCAGAGGAAAUAGAACGAUUGAAAAAAGAAUUAUCAGCUGCAAGGGAGAAGUUGAAAGUCCAAUUACGUAAAAACAGUACUUCUAAACCUCCCAAGAGUCAGAUUCCAUUGCCAAAGUCACGCAGCCAGGCAAAUGUUGAUUCUGAUGACGCAAGCAGUGUUUCAAAUAGCGAGGCUUCUUCAGCUCCAUCCCAGAUUCCAGUUCUACCUAAAACUGCACCAGGGUCUCAAUGGCAGGGCCCCAAUGUGUCUCUACGCCAGGAAAUUGAACGUUUGCGUGGUGAGCUCAAGGAUGCUAAAAAUGACGCAAAGAUGUUACAGAGGAAGCUGCGAGCGACUGAGGCAACUGUGAGGUCACAAGCGGAGAAGAUACGUUACUUAAAGAGCUUACUACAGGAUGCUGGACUGUUGUCGCAGAGUCCAAGACGUAGUAACAGUGAGACGAACCUCUCCAGCAUGACACCUCAGAGUCUGUCCAAGUUCAGAACUGUAUCCGCAUCAACUGGAGACCUAGCUUUUGAGCAGGAUAGACAAUCCCAGAUCACAGGACCUAUGUCUCCUACAGCGAGCUUCAGGAUUCUCCCAAUGCCUGUAUUUGAGGAAUUUGGGGAAACUGACAAUUCUGAAGAGCUCAAAGAUCAGGUUAAAAUUAUGCAAGAUCAAAUCGACCGAUAUAAGAAUAUGAUUAGGAAUUUACAACUACGAAACCGGGUUGCUGAAAGUGACAGUGCCUUAGCUAGUCCAAUUAAUACCAGGAAAGGGUCAUUUUCCGGACCUGAAGUACAAGAGGCUGAAAGUGCAGCUCCUGAGGACAAGACAUUGGAGGGAAAAUCUGAUAGGGCCAUUGCUGCUAAAGCAAGUAGGCUUCCUAGGCCUAUGAGAGAUAUUGCAAAUGCUGACACUCAGACAAGGAAAUUAAGUUCGCAGGAGGAUGCUCUGUUUAGAACCAGUCCUAGAGAUACAGUAAAUGUAGACACUCAAACAAGGAAUAUUGAUUCGCAGAAGGAUGCUCUGUAUGGAGCAAGCCCUAGAGAUACAGAAAAUAAGGACACUCAGACAAGCAAACAAAGUUCACAAGAGGAUGCUCUUUAUAGAACCAGGCCUAGAGAUACAGUGCAUAUGGACACCCAGACAAGGAAAUCAAGUUCUGAAGAGGAUGCUCCAUUUAUAAAUAGGCAGAGAGUGCACUCGAGAGGUUCAGAGGAGGAUAUUCUCCAGGCAGAUGUCAACAAAGAAGCAUUUCUGAGGCUUCAAGAAGAAAUGGAACACUUGAAUAAUAAAUUAAAAGAAUCAGAGCAGCUGAAUAGAUCCUUACAAGAGCAAUUAGAAUAUUCAAUCCCAUCCCCCAGAAGACAGCGCUUUCUAUCACCAGAUGGACAAGAAGAUAUAACACUGGAUGAUUCUACGCUGGAAGUUAAUCGAGAAGCACCUAAUGUGGAUAAACCUUUCCCUGGGAGUCCUCGCUAUCCAGAGCCUGGGUCUGAGGCGUAUGGUGGCCCUGGGGCUUACACAGACAGAACCCACCCUCAACAAUCCACGUCAUCAAACCGAGCUGACCUUGAACAUAAAGAUGCUUACUCGGGUCCUUACAUGGACAGAGCCUACCCUCAACAAUCCCAAACCUCAUGUAUCACCGACCCUGGACACAGAGAUAAAAAUGACGAUGAAUAUUCCCAGCAAGAGAAAAUGCGGAGUUUACUUGAACAAUUAGAGGCAGCUAAAAAUCAAGAUUUUAUCCCUCCCGAUGGUUCAUUAGAAAAUAAGCUGCAAACUCAGAAAGAUGAGAUUAGCGGGCUGCACCAACAGUUACGGGAAAGUCAGCAAAGUUGUCAGCAAUUGGAGGAACAGCUCCACGAGUUACAGGGUUUCCUUAAUGAGCUACUUCAUCAAGAUUCCACUGGGGAAGUUGAUGUCCUGGAUAUAACACCAAGCAGAGUAUCCGAUUUCAAAAAGAGGCUGAACGAGUCAUGUGACCUCGCAAGCACACUGGCAUCUACGUUAUAUGAUCCAAUUGAUGGUUCUGCCAUUCAAACAUCUGGAAUUACUCCCUCUGAUAAUGCUGACCUUGAAAAGAAAUACAAUGAGAUGAAGGCACAUCUGGAAGGGGAGGUACAGCAGCUGAUGAAACGGAACCAGGAAGGAUUGAAAGAGUAUGAGCAGCAGCAAAACAGGUUAGAUGAAUUGGUGGAGAAAAACCGAGAACUUCAACGAAUAUUGGAUGAUCUUGACCAAUCUGCUGUUCCAACAUCCGAUGUGACUCCCACUGUAAAUGGAGAUCAGGAUCAGAUGUCCCCAAAGCUGAAGGAACAGCUUGAAGGGGAGAUAAAACAGUUGAAGGAACAGCACCAGGAACUAUCUGCUCAGUAUGCAGAUCUUCAAAAAAGUUCUAAAGCUGAUAUAUCUAAUCAACGCAAACAAAUAGAAAAUUUGAAAGGGCAACUCCAAGAAAUGGAACAGCUUAGAAACCAGCUGAGGGAGGAUGCUAUUGAAAAGCAACAGCUUCAAAAUGAGUGUGAAAAUAUGAAGGAGGAGGUUCAGGAGAGAGAAGAGCUGAAUACAAAGCUGAAGGAACUAUUACAGGAUAACCAGCUCUCUGCAAAUAAAGCAAGGCAGCAGUUACAUCAGCUGAGUAAUGAAGUUGGAGACAAGAAUGAAGUGAUAAGUAAACUCAGUAAGAAGGUCAAGAAACUUCAGGACAAGCUCCGUCAAUACAGUUCAGAACUGAGUCUCGAUCAGCUCUCCACUAAUGGCUCCCCACAUGCCCCUACACCCGGUGUACAAUCCCUACCCCCAGGGGGCCCUAGGGGUCAAAGAAUGUCUCAAAGGAGUAACGAGACUGCUGAAUCCAUAGAAAGACUACGUCAUCGUACAGCUAGUGGUGCCACACCCCAUGAGCAGCUAUUUCGAUUGGUCGAAGGUGAAGGCGAUGUCCUAUCAGAUCAUAGCGCUCACUCCAGUCUACACAGCUCACGUCACAGGUCGGCCCCACAAGCCAGCCAUAUCUCAACAACCAGCGAGAGAUCGAAACAUUCUAGUCAAGCCGAUGCAGAUCUUUUUGCCUAUUUACAACCAAGAGAUGUAGGAUUACGACAAGGGGAUGGGGAUAUAUCUGAAAGUAGUAUAGGAACUGGGGUAACUGGUUCAGGAUUACAGACAGCCGCUGAUAGAGACUUAUUCCCAUAUCUCCAGGCCAGUCCACUGGAUGCCCAAUCACUCUUCACAGACCACACAGAGUCAACGCGACACACAGGUGCAAGGUCAACAGUGGAUCCAAGGUCAACAAGAGGUCAAGUUACAGGUGAUCCAAUGGCAGCUAUUGAGUUGGAUAACCUCAAAAGUCGACUUAAUGCAGUUGAAGAACUGAAUGAGACAUUACGUGGUGAGCUCCAUCUGUAUGAAUCCAUGAAACAUAUGAGCAUUGGAGUUGGAGUGCAGCACUCCCCCGCUGUAGGCUCAAGGGCUAGUCAGACAUUUACCACUGGGGCAGGUCCAGUUGGGGGUACAUUUUCCCCUGGGGUAGCGCAGAGCCAGGCUGCAGGGGCAGGGGAAGCAAGUGGUAUGGAAGACUCUGAUUUACUUCAGCAAUAUCUCGCAGAGAUACGUGAGUUGCGCAAGAAGCUUGAAGAAUCCAUAGAUAACAACGACAGGCUGCGGAGACAACUGGAGCAGAAGUUGGAAGAGCUACAACGACAACCAGAUUCUACAACGAAUAUUUAUCUGCCAGAUGGCAGCACAAGUUCAAAGAUUGUCCAUGCAGGUUCUGGACAGGAAGAUAUCUUAGCCGAGCGGGAAACAGUGAUCAACGAAUUACGACGUGUCCAAGCACACAACAACGAACUAGUCAAAGAAAUCCAUGAUAUUGAAUCUUAUUGUGAUAAAUAUAAGAAAGACUGUGAUAAUAUGGCGGCAAAAUUAAGACCCCUUGAAUUAAAACUACAAGCGGACGAAAGAUCGUUAAAGGAUGUAGAAAAACAGAAAACAGAGGCUAUGAACAGAAUAAUGACCCUGGAGGCCACUGUUGAAGAGAAAGUUCACGAUGUUGGGGAAUUAGAAAAAAUUGUGAAUGAAAGAAAUGAAAAAGUGAAAGACUUAAGUCGCUCAUUAGUGGACAUUGAAAAUCAGUUCAUAGAACUGGACACAAAAUAUAAAGAAGUUGACUCAGUGCUGAUUGAUAAAAAUUCUAGAAUUAAAGACUUGGAAUCUGAAAUUGAUGGUAAAAAUAGACAACUUAAUGAACAAGCGAAAGAUAUUGAUAACAAAAAUCGUCAAGCGAAACUAGUUGACACGCUGAUCUCUCAGAAGGACAAUCGAAUCAAAGAUUUAAUGGCGAAGAUUAAUAGUCAAGAGCAAACAGAAAAAAGUCUCGAAGACUUAGUAAAUGAGAAAAUAAAACAAGUUUCAGAUUUAGAUUCUAGAUUGUUUGAACUGCAGCUUGAAUACACAAAACUGCAGACAACCUCUCAAGAUUUGGAAUUGAGGUUGAAAAAUGCAACGAAAAUGUCCAGCUCGCAGAGUUCAAUAAAAUCCUCGAAAUCUGAACCUAAUAUUGAGAACGUUAAGCAGCAGCUUAUUUUGACAUUAUCAGAGAACAAAAACUUAAAAGAGGAGAUGAAUGCUUUGAGAGAUGUGAACACAAAUUCAGAAAACUCUGACCAAAUGGUGGAGAAUCUUAAAAAGCAGUUGGUGAUAACUUCUAGAGAAAACAUCAAACUAAAAGAGGACCUGGCUGGAGCUAAAGACCAGGCCACAGAAAAUGCAGACUUGAAUCGAACACUUCGUUUGGAGCUGAGUGUCUAUGACAAGAUGUACAAUGAAGAAAAUCAAGGUGAAAGAGCUAAAAAGAAGGACUCCACAUUAGGUAUAGAUCUCCAUGAACUCCUUCAAGAAAUUCGCCUCCUGCGAAAACAGCUUGAGCGUAGCAUUGAUACGAACAAUGCUCUGAGACAGCGGCUUGAGGAACAGCUGGCGAAGGGGUUUGGAGGUGAGCCUCGGGGAACUAACGUCAAUGUCCAUCAUCUUCAUUACCCAGCAGGCCAAGCUUCACAACCAGGUCAUCAUCCUGUUGACAGAAAUGAGCCCCACUCUGUAUUCAGCCAAGAAAACCUUGUGUCGGAGCACCCUGUAACAGGCAUAAUGCAGCCUCAGUUGACAGACCCAGGCAAUCUUAACUAUAAACAAUUAGCUGCUGACAAUCCUAGCUAUAAAGCCCCAGAUAACCCCAGCUAUAAAUCAACAGACAAUCGUCAACAUGAAUCUAUAGUGCCGUCAACUGCUGGACAGUUAGGGGGUGGGGGUAACCCUCAGUAUAGAGUAUACCUAGAUUCCCAGGGUAAACCCAGCUAUAAACCACUAGAUUCCCAAGGUAGCUCUGGGCUCAUGGAUGCUACACGCCAGGGACAGGGGGUUACACAGGCUGGUGGUUCUGUGUAUGAGGCAAGACAGGAGACCAUGGGGGAUAGGAGGACAAAGAGACCAAGUUCUGCUGACUCGUUGCAGUUACUAGAAGACAAGGGCAAUAGAAGAACUAUUGACCAGAUGGACCUAGCUAAUGAUAUGUCUGGCAUCCACGUUAACUCUGAUCUGAGGAUGCUUUAUGCGAUUUGCAAAUUAGACGAUUAUGAAUUAUUGAAGCGUCAAGUGGAGGAAUCGCAUGUUGCAUUGCGAGGAAUGGUGGCAAGAAUCAAUGAACGAAUGCGAGUGUUUGUUGGCUCAUCUCCAACACAGAGUGUUGAGUACAGUACAUUAAGGGCCAUAUCCCAAGUGGCAUCAGAGCUGGACAUCUAUGCAACUGAACAAACAGAGCUUAUACGGCAGUUUGUCAUCACGCAACUUCCUCGUGACGAAAAUGGCAAGCUGUGGACAAAUAGCAUGGUGACAGCAUUGAGUGAGGAGAUGGUUAAACUCCAAGAUCAAAUACGGAAACUUGUUCAUAAAUACAACGCUGUUAAGGAGCGACUACGAGAGGCUGACCAACGACUAAUGUCGACGAAUUCCCAGAAACAGCAAGCACUCGAUGACCUGGCUCGGACCAAGUCAAAACAGAAACGAAUGGAAAGCACUUUAGUAAAGCAAUUGUCAAAGACUGAGAAAGUUUUGAAGGAGGCAAGAGGAAAUUUACAAGUGAAGACUUCUCAGCAAAGGAUGUAAUUACCCAUAAUGCCUGGAUACUUCCAUAGUAGGAUGGGCUGCCAUUUACUUAUGCAUUAUGGGAAAAUAUGGAAAAGGUGCCAUUGUAGUAUAUUAUAUAUAAAUAGAUAUUUUACAACUGAGUGCUUCUGAGAAAUAUUAUUACAACGAAGUUCUGACAAAGGAUAUCAUCACCCAGAAAUCCCAAUGUUAGACCAUCAUUCACUGUGGCUUAGUAAUGGAGACUAUUACCCAGAAAUCCCAGAGCCUCAACAUGGAUUAUGGGACAGAGACAGUUUUGGGAGAGACAAGGAUUGCACAUUGGCUAUUUAUUAUAAUUAAGUAAAGUACCAAUGUAGUUAAAUGACACCCAUUAUUUUCAUUGAAAUGUUAAUUUUUAUAUGUAUUUAUAGAAAUCGUUUUCACUAUUUUUAUGACAGAUAUAACACACGAUGCAUACACACCCAUGCUGAAUGACAAUGAACAUUAUAUUAAUGAAUAGCCAUGCUUCGUAUAUGUAUACACAUAAGUACCGAGUAGAAUAAGUAUGAAUUUAAUCUGGUAAGGUACACACAGAAGUCCCCUCUCCUCUUAAUUCUCUUUCAUAUGUAUAAAAUGGAAGAUGUGUAAAUGAUGGGUUUAAAAGAAAGAUGUAAAUAGAAUUACAUACUAAA